CCCAGUCGCCAACAGAACCCGCAAUGAAUACAAAUCCUCUCUCCCGCCUGCCUCUCCGCAUCUUCAAUGACGCCGCCCGCCGCCCGCCCACGUAUACAUGGCGCGCAACAUUUUCUACCACACCCUCAGUCAGCGCAAAACCGCUACCACCGCGCCGCGUAAUCGACGACGCCGACAUCAUUGAGAAUUUCCUCAAGGGCAGUGGUCCGGGUGGACAAAAGAUCAACAAGACAUCGUCGGCGGUUCAGCUCAAACAUAUCCCAACGGGCAUUGUGGUCAAAUGUCAAGACACGCGUAGCCGGACACAAAACCGCAAGACAGCGAGGAAGCUGCUAGGGGAACGCAUUGAAGAGCUCGAGCUUGGGGAGCAGAGCCGCACAGCUAUCAAGGCGAAGCAGAAGUCGAAGAAGAAGGCUAGCGCGGACAAGAAAAAGAGGAGAAAGUACAGAGCACUGCAGGGGGAGAAGACAGCCGAAGAGGAGGAAGAAGGAGAAGAAGGAGAAGAAGUUGGUGUUGACGAACGAGAUAACGGGCAGAUUGAUGCACGGCUUGCAGAGCCUGGGGAGGAGGCGGCAAAGUCAAUAGAUGGAGAGAAUAGAACAAAGCCAGUAUGAUAUCAUGGAACGACUUUACAUGUCCGCAGAUCUCAUCAUGGAACCGAUUGCGAGCAUACAGAGCCCAGAUACGGCCGCAGGUACAUCUUCAGGUUGAAAGCAGAGACAGCCCAUCAACCAGCCCGUCGUCGGUCCGCCCCCACCAGCACAAGCAAUUGAGCACCUCACAGAGGAGCAUCACACAUAUCAAUUGAUCUCUUCUUCAAUCUGUCACCCAAAGGCAACAUGAUCAACGAAAAGAAGAAGAAUUGUGGGCCAGCAAAAAUAUUCCUACCUAGAUACCUUGAAGGGCAGCUAGUAGAUUCUCCAAUCCGUCUUGUGCUACACAGUUUUACGUGCUGAGUGAGCACUGAAGUAAAAAACUU